GUGAGUCGCUGAUACUGAUAUUGCGUUAUCGCCGCUGAAAUGCUGUUUGCUGAAGUGCGACCGAAUUGAGACAUCAAAGACGGGCCUCAUCUGUGCAAUCUCAGCAAUCAGUGCGUGCGGCAUCCGAGGUUCAGUAAUGACCGGAAGUGAUAUCCAAACCAAUUCGUUGCAAUAAAACUAACCCAGUGCAAUUGUGAUUGAACCUACCAAGUGAAAUUCGGAUAUUCGGUGCAAACAUGGAAAAACUCACUCAAUUCGUGUCGAAAUCAUUCUGCAUGGAAAACAACAAUAGUUUAGGAAGUAUACUCUCGGAAACGCCAGGACAUCUUCCGGAAAACACUAUCAAAAGUGAGGAUUUAUCUGAGUCCAUCGCCACCACACCUCAAUUGACCAAUCUGCCGGAAAUCAAAACUGAUUCAACUCUUUCCGAAAAAGUUGAUAAACCAUUGGCGACUAAACCAGCCGCAAAGAACUGGUUGAUAUCAAACGACCCAGUGGUGCCAAAAACAAUGACGACCUCGCAUGGAAUAGAUCUUAGUCUUAAUCAUCACGCAAAUGUAAUCUACACCUCAAGUUUAAUCCUGAAUCAAACCAGAUUCGAGCCGUUAAUCUUGGCUGGAAGCGGAGGAGGAAGUGUGCACAGCCAAAAUUUACCAAAACAUGAAAACGGAAAAAUUUGGUUUGAUGUUGAACGCAUGAAAAGUUCUCCCAAAAACAGUUUUCGAUCAGGUUCCUCCAGUCCGAUUGAUCUAGAAGAUUCUAAAUCAUGUCCGGAAGUAGACAAACAGGAAAACGAUGCAGAAUCAGAAAAACAAGAGAAUUCCACAAACAAUGCGACGGAAAACGAUAAGAAAAUAUUUGCAGUCGAUGGUGAGCAUUCCUUUGACGACGACCGAAUAAAAUCCAGACAUUCCUCGGCGGCGUUGAGUAUUUCCGUGAGUAAAUCAGCAAAGCAACGACGUUCCCGUACGAAUUUCACCCUGGAUCAACUGAAUGAACUUGAGCGCCUCUUCGACGAAACACACUAUCCGGAUGCGUUCAUGCGCGAAGAACUUAGUCAACGCCUGGGAUUAAGCGAAGCGCGCGUACAGGUUUGGUUCCAAAAUCGACGCGCAAAAUGUAGAAAACACGAGAGUCAACUACAGAAAGGAAUGAUGUUGAACAAUCACAGCCCGCCGGCCAGUACACCCUUAGAACCAUGUCGGGUGGUGCCCUACAUGAAUAUGCCGGCGUUGCGAGGAAUUUCACUUCCUAGUGGUGCGGUAGCACUGUCGGCCUAUGACCGCCUCUCGGCCCUGGCACCUUUUCCACCCGCAGCCGGUACACCAUUCUCCGCGUUCGAUUCAGCGUUUAUUUCGGCUGCUCAUCAAUAUGCUGCUGCGGCUGUGUCAGUAGGCGGUGGUUCAGCGGCAGCGGCGAGUAUCAUCUGCCAUCCGCAAUACCCGCUCGGGUUGGCGGCGUUGGCGGCGGCGCACAAGAACUCUAGUAUUGCCGACCUCCGCCUCAAAGCGCGCAAACACGCCGAGGCGCUUGGUUUAACCGCUCCACGCGAAAAAUCAUAAUCUUCAAACUCAAAAUCAACUAAUUAACUAUCGAAAUGUUCAA